AUGCAUGAAGGGACAGGCCCGCAAGUCUGGGCGAUAACCCAGAAGCUUGACAUUCCGAAUCGGCUUUCCGACUGUAUUCAAGAUAUGGACGUCCGUGGUAUACGGGUUCAUCACAAGGUGCGGGUGGUUAUUCCACUCCGAAACGCAGACGGACACAUCUCUGAGCUUGCCGUGGGGCUCCCACUUUUCAUCACCAUCAACACAAACAUACCCUUUGCUGAACAGCGCAGCGGAAGCAAUCAUCUCACUCUUGGACCAUUUUUUGAGGCCGAUACCAUGAGCCCUCCGGGUUAUGGAGAGCACAUUCUCGACCAACUUUUCGAUGAUUUACCCCAUGAAGAAGUCCAGUCGACAGGCAGUCUUCCAGCCACAACUGGCGACACUCGACAGAACCAAGAAUUUGGAGGUCAAGAGAUGACGGUACCAAGCUCAUCGGAACCAUUCGAAUUGGACUCGGCUGAGAUGGAGGAGUUGAGCCAAAUACCUUCCUAUCAGACAGCUCUGCGAACACCUUUAAGAUUCCGCCGUCAGCCCGGCAAUAUCCAGCUUCCUGCCUAUGAUGCCGCAGCGAGGAGUAACAGGCAGGAUCAGAUUGACUAA